AUGUCAGGGAAUGGCGUUUCUGAGAAAUCAGAUCAACAGACAAGUAGUGUCAAAAUUGAUGAUGCCCCAGCAAAGGAUCUUCAGCAUCAAUCUCAGACACCAGCAUCAGCACAAACGCAACCCAGUAAGGGGUCAGAAGUGAGUGAGGCUUCUGCUUCUGCUCCUGCUGCUUCUGCUCCUUCUCCUGCUGUUACACCAUCAUCAAAAGCAGCAACUCCAGUAGCUAAGCCAGCAACUGGUGGGCAACAAGCAAAGAAUGCUCAUAAUUCGGUCCCACAAUCACAUUUGAACCAAGCAGAACAAAACCAUUCAGAUUAUAAUCAAUACUCUGGUGCCUACUACCAAUAUAACCCAAACUACAAUGCUAAUUAUAACGGUACCUAUUCAAACUACAAGAACCAUUACAAUGGCGGUGCCGGUGGUGGUAGUGGUAGUGGUAAUCAUAAACAGUACUCAGGCAACAAUAGGCAAGGUGGUGGUAGUGGCAACUCAUCGAGGUACAACAACAACAACAGCAACAAUAAUAAUAACAACAACAGCAAUAACACCAACGCUGCAGGUAAUAGUAACAAUGCUCAAGGAGGACCAGCACACAGGAAACAGUACAAUAACAGCAAUCACCAUCAAAAGAAUAUGAAUCACGGCAACCACAACUUGGCGCCCGGACAGCAAUUACCACAAGGCCAAUAUGUAAAUUACAAUUAUGGAGCAGCAGCAGCACCACAAUACUACCAGUUUGGUGGCUUUUACCCACCCGUUUAUGUUCAACCUUUGCAAUACACAGCAGCAGCUCAAUCGUAUGCCACCCCUGGAUCAGGCGGAGCCACGCCACAACACCAACACCAGCGUACAUCAAGCCACUCUUCUAGCCCUAAAGUUACAUUGACGACCAAGGAUGGCAAACCUGUGGAUUUGGAAGAGAAGAAGAGACAAACGGCAUCAUCGACUCCAGUUGCUUCUCCUCUCCAGAAAAAUGCGUCACCUGUGCCUUCCUCCACCAAAGUUGCUGUCGAAUCUAGUAAGAGCCCAGUAGUUAAAGAAGCAUCUCUUUCAACACCAGCAUCAAAUGCAACUACAACUACAACUACAACUACAACUGCAACUACCAGUACAGCUACCAAGUCAGAUGCCGACAACGCAUCCAAUACCAAGACUCUGGCCAACCUUUCAGCUGCUGAGGAGUUUAAGAGACGUAUUAGAGAAAGGGCUGCUGCAAAUGCUGCAAAGAAGAAGCAGCAAGAAGAACAGAGCUCAGGACAAAAGACGGAGUCUGGUUCAAAGCAAGAGAAACCAGACGAAGAUGCAAAGAAAGAUACAGUUGAAGAACCAUCGCACCCAGCACAAGAGCCUGCUGCGAAGGAUCAGACAGCAGUAGCAAAAGAAACCAAGGAAGAAACAAAACCCGAAACCACUAUAGAAACUACUCCGGAAGUAAAGACGCUGACUGAACAAAAAUUAGAGUCGCCAAAACCAGUUGAGAAACCAGAGGCUGCUGAACCUACUGUUAAGCCAACAGAGCAAAAAUCAGAAGAGUUGAACAAGACGGAUGAGCAUACAGCCGAGCCAGCAGAGAAAGAGCUUCAAGCAACAACCAAGCCUGCAGAGUCUGCAGAGUCCGCAGAGAAACCAAAGGAACAAACAAAAGAGCAAAAAGAAGAAAACGUCGACGUUAACGUUAACGACAACGACAACGACAACGACGACGACGAAGAAGACGAAGACGAAGAAGACGAAACCGAAGCUGGAGAACCAGUUCAAGAAUUGUCUAUUACUCAGUUCCUUGAGAGGUUGAACCAGGCCACUCCGAUCGAUAACAUUUUGGCAGUUGAGUAUCCUCAAAACAUUAAUGGUGUGGAUAAGACUAAGCAACUUCCAAGCAAGAAAUACAGAUAUGAUCCACAGUUUUUGAUUCAAUUCCGCGACGUUGUGCAGUAUUCGAUUGAUGCAGAUUUCAAAACUCGCUAUGAAUAUUUGGAUGUUGGAGCACAACAAGGAAUGAGACGUCAAGGAUCUGCACGCGAAGGAUCGUUGCGCGGUCUUGGUGCUGGCGGAAUGAGACAAGGCAGUGGAUUGCCAUCAAGAUACAGUGGUCCACAAGGCAAAGGAGGCUUACCAAGUGCAUACGACAGUAGCAGACAAAAUUCAAGAAGUGGUUCAAAGAGAAGGGGUGUUUCCACAAGAGAUAAAUCAAUCAGAAAAGGUCCUUCAACAAGACGUGGAGGAAGAGGUGAAAUGCGCGAAAAGACUGAAGAAGAGUUGGCCAAAGAACAGAAGCCAGUAGAAGAGGUUAAGCCAUUAGAGAAAUCUGCCAAUAGAUGGAUUCCAAAAUCUAGACAACAAAAGACCGAGGUACGUUAUGCUGAAGAUGGUAGUGUCAUCUUGGAGAAGGAGGAUGUCGAGAGAAAGAUUAAGUCUCUUUUGAACAAAUUGACUUUGGAGAUGUUCACUGAAAUCACAGAUGAGAUCUUGGAUAUCACAAAGCAAUCCAGGUGGGAAAAAGACGCUUCUACUAUUAAGCAAACCAUUUCCUUGACAUUUGCUAAAGCUUGUGAUGAGCCAUACUGGUCAGAGAUGUACGCCAAAUUCUGUGCCAAGAUGACGCAAAAUAUUUUACCUGAAAUUACAGACGAGACAAGCACAUUGAAGGACGGAUCACACCCAGCAGGUGGAGCCUUGGCUAGAAGGGUUUUGCUUUCCACGUGUCAAGUAGAAUACGAAAAGGGUUGGAUUGACAAAUUACCCACCAACGAAGAUGGAUCUCCUAUUGAACCUGAGAUGAUGAGUGAUGAAUAUUAUGCCAUGGCAGCUGCUAAACGUAGAGGUUUGGGUUUGGUCAAGUUCAUUGGUCAUUUGUACAACUUGAACAUGUUGAACGAUCAAAUUAUCUAUGUGUGUCUCAGAGAUCAAUGUAGCAACACCACCGACCCAUCGGAGGACCGUAUUGAGAAUUUGGCGCAGUUGAUUAAAACGGUUGGUCCAAAGAUGGACAGCAAUGAGAGAACUAGAGGUAUGUUGACGGGUGUGUUUGAGAGUAUUAAACAGAUUUUGGAGAAGGCUCAAUUGAGCUCGAGAAUCAAGUUUAUGUUGAUGGACAUUCAAGAUUUGAAAGCGGCUCGCUGGCAAAGUGGUAAAGCAGAAGCCCAACCAACUACUAUAGGAGCUAUCCAUAGAGAUGCUGAGAUGUCGAGGUUGAAACAAGAACAAGAAAAGAGGAAACGUGGACCUGGACCAUCAGGCGGCUCGCUGCAUUAUGGUGGCAACAAAGCUGCACCAUCCAGAUCGGCGUCUAACUCGGACUUUUUUUCAAAUUCUGGGUUUAAGAAAUCGCCGUCGUUUGCUAGAUCAAACUCAAGCUUGAGAGGAGGAAACUCAAUUGAUAGAGUUGACAGGAGUGAUAGAAGUGAAAGAAACGCUCAUUCUCCAGUGAGUUCUGGAAGUGAUCUCCAAAGGGACUCUUCAAGGCGGUCCGAAAAUCAACAAGUGAAUAGAUUUGCUGCAUUAGACAAUGAUGAUGAGGAAGAAGAGGAAGAAGAGGAAGAACAAGAAGAAGUCCAUGAUAAUAAUAAUAAUAAUAAUAAUAAUAAUAGCGAAGACAAGCAAGAGGUGGGAGCCGAGGGCAAAGGAAAGAAAGAAGAUAUCUAA